CUCACACUAUGUACUAGAUAAGACUCUGGAUUUCAAAGAGAAGGCUUUUCGGAUUUUGGCGCAGUUAAAUAUGAGAUUUUGAGUUCCGCCGUUAUAAACGAAAAUGUGAAAGCACAAAAGCAAGUAGAGGCCCCAGAAAUGUUUCCGGCAAACGACUCUUGAUCUCCUCGUCUCGUAGUCUUUGUGCCAACAUGACCGGCACCCAGAUCCAGCAAGAAAUAUUUUCGGUGAAAGAGCUACAGGUUUCCUCGAGUUCGGAAAAUGGAGCCAACGACAUGGAAAGUGAUGUUCCAACCGCUGGCGACUGGACAUCAGAGGAGGAAAAAAUCGUUGUGUAAGUCAUGUCGACAAUCGCCCCUUUUUGAUUGGACAUUGUGCUAACUGCAUCCAGGCGGAAAGUCGACUUGCGAGUCUUUCCCAUGCUUUGCCUCGUUUUUGGCCUUUCGCUUCUUGACCGUACCAACAUCAGCUCGGCUUACAUAGCCAAUAUGAACGUCGACCUCCACCUAACGGGAGCUCGCUACAACCUCUGCUUGCUGGUCUUCUUUAUCGGAUACGGUCUUCUUGAGAUCCCGUCAAACUAUGUGAUUCGCCGUAUUGGUGCUCGUCUCUGGUUAACCUUUCUGAUCAUCGCCUGGGGCGUUUGCGUCCUUGGAAUGGGGUUUAUCGAACAUUGGAGCGUUCUCGCCGUGCUACGUGCUCUUCUUGGAGUCUUCGAAGCUGGUCUGUUUCCCGGAGCGAUCUAUAUCAUUGGGUCCUGGUACAGCCAAUUCGAGACGGGCCGCCGUAUUUCCAUAUUCUAUAUGUCUUCGCUCAUUGCAGGUGCCUUCGGUCCCAUCUUGGCUUACGCACUAUCGAUGAUCUCCGUCGGCAAUGGAAAAUAUCAACAAGGCUGGCGUUGGAUUUUCAUUAUUGAGGGCAUUGCUACGAUCGUUGCAGGCCUUACUUCGCCAUUCUUCCUCAUCGAGUUCCCUGAGCGAGUCAACUUCCUGAACUCUCGUCAGAAGCAUAUCGCUCUCAACAGAAUCAAGAUCGACAAAGAGGCAGAAGAGGUCGUCCACCUAUCGGUCAUAGAAACAUUAAAAAUGCUACUAGACUGGAAGUUGUGGGUGUAUAUGCUGGCUUAUUUCAUCGCCGCUUCCACUGUUUACUCGCUUGCAUUCUUCAGUCCAAUCAUUCUUAGACAGGGCCUGGGCUUUAGCUAUACCAAAGCACAAUUGCUAGGGUCUCCGCCUAUCAUCUUUACCAUCAUAGCUUCUAUUGCGAUGGCAUGGGUAUCUGAUAAGACCCGGAAGCGUUGGCCCAUCAUCAACGCUCAGGCUCUUAUAACUAUUGUCGGUUUCCUCAUCAUCCUAUACGCUGAACCUCCCUAUGUGAGAUACUUCGGCCUUUUCCUCGCCGCUUUUGGCUCGCAGGCCAAUAUUCCUGCGACUCUCACCUACGGCCAGAAUCAGACGGCGAGUCUAGCGAAAAAGGGUGUCGUCGCUGCUGCCAUGAUCAGUGCUGGUGCAGCUGGUGGUGUUUGUGGGAGUGUGAUAUUUAGAACCCAGGAUGCGCCGAAAUAUACCCCGGGAAUGUGGGCUACGAUUGGCAUGCAAUUUCUGUAUAUUGUUAUUAUGUCCUAUAUGUCAUAUUUCUUUACGAAGGAGAAUCAACUGGCCGAUGAGGGUAAAAAGAUUUUGGAGGGGAAAGAAGGAUUUAAAUAUGCACCAUAGACCCUUUGGGCAUCUUCACGGAGCUUGCGUAAUCUGGUAGGAGGCAUUAAACUACAUCCUGUUUUAUUCUUGUUUAUAUUACGUCUACUUUAGAUAGAUUUGAG